AUGUUGCUGUCUGCUUUUUUGCCUAUCACAGCAUUCUUGGCUAUCUCUGUUGAAGCAAUUGCCCAUAAAAGGGCCUACGAUGGUGCCUUACAGGUCGAUUUCAACGUUCUUCGUGGAUCUUCAAGAGCAGGCUUGGCUCCAAAUCGUCAAGGCGGGCUCGUUAGACGAGCAGAUAGCCAAGAUACGGGAAGUGGCCUUUUGGUAUUGACCAGCCAACUGAUGCUUUACACUUCUGACUUGUAUUUUGGAUCGAAUGGACAGAAGAUUACCGUUCAGGUGGAUACUGGGUCUUCAGAUUUGUGGGUCAUGGAGAACGACGUGGUGUGUAACGCAAGUCCUGAUACUAGCGGAACUGAAUCACUGGCACUGGAUCAGGCUGCUAUUUGUACCAGUCUCGGCACCUUUCAAACUGGUGAGUCUGACACCUUCAAGUCCAACGAUACUGAAGCCUUUUUCUCUUACGGAGACUCAACUACGGCAGAAGGAAUUUGGGGAACAGACCAAAUUGGCUUCGAUGGAUUCAAUAUUUCCGAUUUCAAUUUUGCUGUGGUUUCCGAGUCCAACUCAACAAUGGGAAUCUUGGGAAUUGGCCCUCCAGGUGGGGAAACAACAAAUACCACGUAUGAGAACUUUCCAAUGCGUUUGAAGAGCGAUGGGCUCAUCCAUAAAAACGUAUUCUCGUUGUAUUUGAACCAAGUAGACUCCUUGAAUGGCUCAGUGUUGUUCGGAGCCGUGGAUCAUGCCAAAUAUUCUGGCACACUCCAGACAGUUCCAAUUAUUUACAAUGAUGUGGCUAGUGAGUUCUUCGUUGUGUUGGACAAAAUAACUUUGGAAGGUGACGGUUCCAAUGAAACAGUUACCAAUGUUGCAGUGCCAGCGUUGUUAGAUUGUGGAACCGUACUCUCUUAUUUUCCUCAAAAUGUUCUAGACCGUUUCAUCAAAAUUUUUGAUGCUGCCUACUCCGAGUCAGAAGGACUCUACCGUGUGAGCUGCAAACAUAACAAGUCAGAGGUCAAUGCUAUUUUUGACUUCUCCGGUGUUACGAUCAAGGUACCCAUGUCGGACUUGAUUUUAACUGACAAAGAUAUCUGUUAUCUUGGAUUAUUAAGCAGCCCCAGUUUGCAAGGGAAUACAGGGGCUGUGUUGGGAGACAAUUUUUUAAGAAGUGCUUACGUGGUUUACGACUCUGAUGACCUCGAAAUUCUGUUGGCUCAAGCCAAGUAUUCUGAUGAUCAGGAUAUUGAGGUGGUUACGCUGACUAUUCCACUGGCUGUAAGGGCCCAAGGAUAUUCUUCAACUUCUAUUAAUUCUAACGCUAGUGAUACUGGAUCUGCGCUGGAGUUGAAAGUCACUGAAACAGAGUCAUCAUCUAGUUCAUCAAGUGCACUGGGAUCUUCUUCACCCAAGAAUAGUGCUGCACACAAGGAAUCUGUAGCAUUGAUUAUUCCUAUUUUCCUUCUCGGAUGUAUAACAGCAUUUGUGUGGAUGUGA